AUGAGUGGUAAUUUAGGGAAAGAAAAAGACUCUAAAGAGAAAGAUCUGAAUGUGCCAUCAGUCAAAGAAAGAGAAAAGACUUCAAAGGCCUCUGGAGAUUUGGGGACAGAAAGCCAUGAAAAAGAACCUAAAACCAAAGGGAAAGAUGCCAAAGAUGGAAAAAGGGUCUCCAGUGCUGCCCAACCAGGGGUGGCUUUUUUAGUUGACAAUAGGAUCAAGCGGCCAAGUCCUGCACGUGGGACUGGGAAAAAAUCCAGUAAUGCAGAAGUAACUAAAGAGCUCAAGAAGUGCCUGGAAGAGAAUUCAGUGCGUUUGGACUUAUCCAAGAGGUCUAUGCACAUAUUGCCAUCAUCGAUCAAACACUUGACUCAAUUAACUGAACUUUAUUUAUACAGUAACAAGCUGCAGUCCCUCCCAGCAGAGGUGGGCUGUCUAGUAAAUCUCAUGAUACUGGCUCUAAGUGAAAAUUCACUUACCAGUUUGCCUGACUCUCUUGAUAACAUGAAGAAGCUGCAGUUGCUUGAUUUACGGCAUAAUAAACUGAAAGACAUUCCUUCAGUGGUGUAUAGGUUAGAUUCUCUCACCACUCUCUACCUUCGCUUUAAUCGCAUAACUACUGUGGAAAAGGACAUAAAAAACCUGUCAAAACUCAGAACGCUUAGCAUGCGAGAGAACAAAAUCAAACAACUACCUGCUGAAAUUGGUGAAUUAUGUAACCUCAUUAUGCUGGAUGUAGCUCAUAAUCAACUUGAACACCUUCCAAAGGAGAUUGGAAACUGCACACACAUAACCAGCCUUGACUUGCAGCACAAUGAACUGCUAGACCUCCCAGAUACUAUAGGCAACCUGUCUCAUUUGUAUCGUCUUGGUCUGAGAUACAAUAGACUGUCAGCAAUACCCAGAUCACUAGCAAACUGCAGUGCACUUGAAGACUUAAAUUUGGAGAACAAUAACAUUUCUGCUUUACCAGAGAGCCUUUUAUGCAGUCUUGUGAAACUGAACAAUUUGAACUUGGCUAGAAAUUACUUCCAGUCAUAUCCAGUGGGUGGUCCAGCUCAGUUUUUCACCAUCUGUUCCCUCAACAUGGAACACAAUCAAAUCAAUAAAAUCCCAUAUGGAAUUUUCUCUAGAGCAAAAGCAUUAAGAAAACUAAAUAUGAAGGACAAUCAGUUAACAUUACUUCCAUUGGACUUUGGAACUUGGACCAUCAUGAUAGAAUUGAAUUUAGCCAAUAAUCAGCUAAGAAUGAUCCCUGAGGAUUUAUCUGGUCUUGUUUCUCUUCAGGUUCUAAUAUUAUCAAACAAUCUUCUAAAGAAGCUUCCCCAAGGUCUUGGAAACCUUAAGAAGUUAAGAGAGUUGGAUAUAGAGGAGAACAAAUUAGAAUCCUUGCCAAAUGAAAUUGGUUAUCUUAAAGAUUUACAGAAUUUAGUCUUGACAAACAACCAGUUGACCAUUCUUCCCAGAAGCAUUGGUUACCUUACCAAUCUCACACAUCUAAGCCUUGGAGAUAACCUGCUUAAUCAUCUUCCUAAGGAAAUUGGUACACUGGAAAACCUUGAAGAACUGUAUUUGAAUGACAACCCUAACCUACAUAGCCUUCCUUUUGAGCUGGCUCUCUGCAGCAAGCUUACAACCAUGAGUAUUGAGAACUGUCCACUCAGUUACCUUCCACCUCAGAUUGUUGCUAGGGGACCGUCUUUCAUCAUUCAGUUCUUAAAAAUGCGGGGUACAUAUCAUGCCAUGGUCUGA